AUUGCAAACGUCAAAAAGCUGUCAACUUUUGUGAAAAUUCUAUAGUGCUAGUAAUACACCUAGGGACAUCUCUAAUAAAUAACCCGAUCAUAAAAUUGGCUAUAUAAUUACUAAGAAAUAUGAGUUCCAAAAUGCUUAACUUGUCCCGGGUUGUUGUCCGCAAUCUUACUACCUCCGCUGCACGCCGUGCUGCUGGCAACGAAGUUGAAAAGGGCUACUUUGAAUUGAGGAAGGUACAAGAGCACUUCCAAAAGCACGAUGGCAAGCCAGUGUUCCUUAAGGGAUCUUUUGCGGAUCAACUUCUGUACCGUCUUACGGUCGCUCUAAGUUUGGCCGGUAUUGGUGGUAUGUUGAAAUUGUUCUACGAAUUGAGCGUACCCAAAAGCCAGGACUAGAUUCAAAACAACAGUGCGAUGCUAAUCAAUUGUAAUUAAUGUUGUACAUUAAGUUUUCAAAGUAUAAAAUAUUUGACUAAUCCCGAUGUA